AUGAUUUGUUCACUAUCAGGAGAAUUGGCACAAGAGCCAGUAGUAUCGAUUAAAUCAGGAAAUAUAUAUGAAAAGAGAUUGAUUGAAAAGUAUAUAGAUGCAAAUGGACGUGAACCAACUACUGGACAACCAUUGGCAUUGACUGAUUUGGUUACAAUCGUCAAGAUUGGCAAUAGCAGUAACAAUAAUAGUAAUGGAGCUGGUACCAAACCACGUGUUGGUACAACCACUAGUAUCCCAGGUAUGCUUCAAAUGUUCCAAAACGAAUGGGAUGCACUCAUGUUGGAAACAUUUACACUUAGACAACAAUUUGAAAGUGUUCGUCAAGAAUUGGCUCAUUCACUCUAUCAAUACGAUGCUGCUUGUCGUGUCAUUGCUAGAUUAAUUAAAGAAAGAGAUGCUGCUAAAUCUGCACUCGCAAAUACACCAAUUAGAACAGUAACAAAUAAUAACAAUAAUAAUAAUAAUAAUAAUAAUAACAAUAAUAAUAAUGAUCAAAUGGAUGUUGAAAAUACACAAAAAUUACCACAAGAUAUUCUUACCAAAGUUGGAGAUUUAUCUAAAGCAUUAUCAGCACAAAGAAAGAAAAGAUCAAAACCAGAGAAAUUACCAACAACUGAAGAAAUUAAAUCAUAUGCGAUCUUGGCAUCGAAUGAAGCACAACAAUCGACUGGAGGAUUAUCAAGUGUUGAUCAACAUGGAUCGUUGGUUGUAGUUGGUAGUGGAGGUGAUGAUGGUGAGGUUACAGUAUACGAUAACGAUAGUUCAAGCGUAAAGAAAUCACUCAAGGGACACACAAAGCGUGUAGAGAGUGUUGCUUUUACACCAAAUGGACGAUCGGUUGUAUCUGGAUCACGUGAUCGUACAGUUAGAUUGUGGAAUGUUGAAUCUGGUCAAAGUCAAUCUGCCAAAUACAGCGGUGAAGUCUUGUCUGUCAAUGUACAUCCAUCGGGCGAUAUCGUCGCCGUUGGUGGAAGUGAUCGUAGUUGGGCACUAUUUGAUAUUAGCAGCGGAUCAUCGUCAUUGAAUCAAAUAUUAAAGAAUGGUAAUGCUGCCAACGGGCCAUGCGGAGCUGUACGUUUCCACCCAGAUGGCGCUAUUCUUGGUGUAGGUAGUGACGAUGGACAGAUUUCAUUGUGGGAUAUUAGCCAAAACAAGCGUGCCAUCACCCUCACUGCUCACACUCAAGCAGUACGUUCCAUCUCGUUUUCAGAGAAUGGUUACUUUAUGGUCAGUUGCGAUGACUCUGUUGCCAAGGUUUGGGAUCUCCGUAAAUCAACGUGUCUCCAAACAUUUGACAUUGACGGCAAGCACGGUCACUCUGUCUCUUUUGAUCAUAGUGGUAGCUAUAUUGCCAUUGCUGGUUCGUCACUCACCAUUGUAAAUCUCUCUGGCAAAUCAUCAUUUGAAAUCACCAAGCAGUUGGAUGGACAAGGUGGCCUUUAUAAUCGUGCUAUUUGGAGUCUCGAUUCUCAAACUUUAACAACAGUCUCUGAAGACGGUUUAAUUAAAUUAUGGGGUUCUCAAUAA